AUGUCGCUCGAACCGGGCUCACUCUUCUCGGUCAGCCUGCCCCACGCAGAUUCACCGCCGUCCUCGUCCUCGCCCCCCGCAGCGCUGCAACUCCGGCUGACCGAACACGCCCUCACCCAGCUGGCCGCCGCUCUCUGCCCCGACGGUGUCCACGUAGACCCUUCAAAGCUACCACCCGACCUCCUUCGUCUCGACCUUGGCUCAGCCUCGUCGGAAGCGGCCCUACUGAUCGGCCCAUCGCGCCUCCCUUUGCAGCGCUCCAGCGAGGCCGCACCACACGAACUCUUCCGCCUCAAUCACAACGAGACCCACCUCACUCGCAUCGCGACCGUCACGCAGAAGCUCAGUGUCCGCCCUUCGCAUGUCACAGCAGGGGCAGCCUCGCGGCUCAAGGAGCGGCAAGAAGAGGAGGACCUGCGCAAGGAGAGGAAGCGCGCUGUCGUCGUCGACCAGCCCAUCAAUGCCGCAAAGCUCAGGCAGCAGAGGGGAUCAGGCAUCAAGCCAAGCGCGAUAGGCGCGUCAGCCCUCUCGCGCUCGUCGAGCCUCAGCAAGGUCAGCCUCAUUCGCCAAGAGAGCCGACCGGACAGGCAUGCCUCGAUGUCUCCACUGCGUGGGCGCGAGUCUCUCCCACAGUCGAGCUCGGCCGUCAACAGCCCAAUCUUCGCAAGGCAGUCCACUGGAAGCCUCCAGUCCUCGCCGGAAGCCAAGGCCGCAUCGUUUGGCAGUAGCCAGCGGUCCCGAAUGGAACCAGAUCGCCUGCACUUGCGUCACAUAGACGCUGAGAGUGGCCAGGAGAGCGGACACUCGGACAACGAAUCGAUCACCUCCAUACCAAAGUCGAGAUCCAGCGCUCUCGAACGGCAGACGAGUGGAAACGCUGGCGCCUCUGGGAGCACCGCUGGGGCCGCGGCUGCCACCGCUCCAGCCAAGAAGGGAGGCAAGCUGACGACAAGGCAGCGACUGGCAAAGGCAGCGAAGGGCGGGAGCAAACCGCUCGUCGAUGCGGACAAGCGAGCCAGCGCGACAGCUGCCACCAGAACUGCUGCCAAAGCAGUCACCGGCAGCGCCUCUCGCCUGUCUGCCGAUGUAGAGAGCCAGUCGAGCGACGCUCGGCUGACACAGAUCUCAAAGUCUCGAACGGAAGCUGCGAAGUCCGUUCUCCCGGCGUCUCAAGCCAAGACGAGGGCCUCGGUGCCUGUCGACGCGAUCUCAAAGGAUCCGUCCAGGUCCAGCGUCAGACUCACUUCCUCGAGUCAAAAAGCCCCGCCGACAAAGGCUGAAGAAGUCAAGGAGGCCGAUGUCGAGAGGAGGUCGCAGGCGCGCUCUUCGAAGUCGCCGACGCGGCCCGCUGUGGAGCCGCCACUGAAACGGCGCCGAGCCGAAGCCAUUGAGGAUCCGGCGAAAGAUGGGGUCGAGCCGCCGGCGCCCAGAACUGCCGCCUCGGUGGCACGAGAGGCUCGCCAGCCUGCUGGCGGACGAGACGAGCCAUCGACGUCAACAGCGCGAAAAGCCUUGACCUCUCUGCCCGACGCAGGAGUUCCGUCACCCGCCAAGAAGCAGCGACGGCUGUCGCCUGCACAGUCUUCGCAGCAGUCGCGCGCGGGCCCGCCCCCUCCAGGUCCGCCGCCUGGCCCCCCGCCGACGAAGGCGUCGACAUCGGGACCGCCGACGGCAUCCGCCCUGCACUCUCGGGCACCAUCACGCUCUCCCUCGCCUCACAUUCCGCUCCUGCCGACCGUCAAAGGCGUCGGGCCGGGCGCAGCUCAUUGGCUCGAACCGUGGCUCGACGUGCGCAGCCGAUCCGACUGGCAUCACCUUGCUGCGCGUUUCUCGAAGACGUGCGACGAGUACGCCGUCAACAAACGGCGGCUGGACGAGGAGCGAGCUCGGCUGGACCGCGAGUGGAGUCUGGCGACACGGGAGGAAGCCGAGGCGAGCCAAGGAGGCGGCGGUGGGGGGCUGAUGAUCGUCAUGGACGAGGACGGGGGAGACGAGGCCACGCAUCAGAUCGAGCCGUCGCUACCGCCGGCGUCGACGAGUCGGCCGCACGUGUCCCCGCCGCCAAUUCCAACCUCGGCAGCGCCUUCAUCGUCAUCGCUCGCGCAAGCAGCUCCACCUCGAGAGAGCCCGGAAGAGGGGAUGCUGGAGGAAGGCGAGAUGACCGCGGAACCGGAACCGGAAGCGCAAGACGCAGCAGCAAGCGCAUCGAUGUCGACCGGGACUGAUGGAUCGCAGGAUCUCGCGACGGCCAAUGCCCGCUCGGAUGCAACGAGCCGAACACGGAGCGCGACGCCGGAGGAUAACCUGGUCUGGCGAUCGGAAGGGACGAGUCGGAGCACUACCGUCUCCCCGCCCCUCUCCCGACCUGAUGGAACCGGGAGUGGGCACGACGGCCGUACCGGCGCCUCUGGGACGGCGGCGCCACCUCCGCCCCCUCUGCCGUUCAAGGAGCUCGAGGCGCUUGCAGAGAGACACCGCGAGCUUCACGGCAGUCUGAUGAGGAUGCAGGCCGUCCUGGUAGAAUCCAAGGGCAGGUUCUGA